AUGAUGGAAUAUUUUGUCACAAUCGUCGUUGUGAGAGUUACUGUGCUCGACGGUGUGGUAGCCGUAUUGGUUACGAGGGGCGUGGAUGUUGCUGUCACUGACGCUGUAACAACCUUGGAAAUUGUUGAGGACGUCGUCUGCGUUGCUGUCACGGUUGAGGUCGCCACAGUCAAUAUAUAUCCUAAGUAUGUUGAACAAAAAGACGAAGAAGAGCUUGACAAAGAGAAGCUUGAUGUAGAAGAGCUUAACGAGGAAGAGCUUGACGGGGAAGGGUUUGACGGAGAAACGCUUGAUACCGUUGAGGGUGUUAUCGAAGACGUUAAGCUCGAAGACGUCACGCCGGAGCUUUCGGUAAACGAUGAAGUCGAGACAGGGUUUGCCGAGGACGAAUCAAUCGGGAUGCCGCUCUGA